AUCAGAUGUAACUACAUAUCCUACCUGCUUUCAUUCCUCCAAAGUCGUGCUCAAUUCCAUCCCUUUUGGUUCAAUCGCAGCUAGAGAACAUAAGACAGCUUAAGUUAAGUUGAGCAGAGCUACAUCGACUACUUAUACCUGCCUUACGGCCAUAUUCAUUGCUCUCAACACCAACAACCCAUCACAUCUGGAGUUUCACACUCAAGAGACAACCGCGCAACAAGUCAUCACCCCGCAGUCCUCGGCCACAGGUUCAGAGCAAUGCUUCACAAGAUCACGCACGGGCACGAUGCCCACCACGAGCACUCCGUCCGCAUCUCCACCAAGACGCUCGAGCUCGCCUGCAACGACGGCAAGCGGCACGUCCUGCUCGCCGUCUCGGGCUCCGCCGCCACCAUAAAUCUGGUCCAGAUCAUCGAGGGCCUCUCGGCGCACAAGAACCUCUCAAUCCGCGUGAUCUUCACGGGCUCCGCGGUCCACUUCCUCGCUGGUCAGUCGCGCGAGCAGCCGGCCCUCUCGGCCGUCGCCUACCUCCCCAACGUGGACGCCGUCUACACCGACGCCUCCGAGUGGGCUAAACCGUGGAAGCGCGGCGCGCCCAUCUUGCACAUUGCGCUGCGCAAGUGGGCCGACGUGCUUGUGAUUGCGCCGCUUAGCGCCAACACCAUGGCCAAGAUGGUCAACGGCAUGUGCGACAACCUGCUCACGUCGGUCAUCCGCGCGUGGGACACAAUGGGCACCGUCGACGGUGUCAAGAAGAAGAUCGUCGUGGCGCCCAGCAUGGACACGGCCAUGUGGCGACACCCCGCCACGGACAAACAGAUCAAGACGCUCGAGGAGGAGUGGGGGGGCGAGAAUGGCUGGAUCGAGGUGCUUCGGCUGAUCGAGAAGGAAUUGGCCUGCGGAGACGUCGAAGAAGGCUCCAUGGUCAGCUGGAAGAAGAUUGUCGAGGUGAUUGAGGGCAAGAUAUCGGCGGGCAACUGACUGUCGAUGGGAACUAGGUGCCCAGGGACGGAAGUGAGUGUUAGCCAUCAUACAUGAUUGAUGUACAGGGGUUUUCGGAGCCUUUUCGAUGGGAUGUAAAUGGGGUGUAGGAUUAUCAAAAUGAAGCCUGUAAUGAUCUCAAGAAGGUAUAAUUGAAUACCUAGGAAUCGAACAUUAUCUCGU